AUGUCUACUGGUACGCCUCAUCCUCGAAAAACCCUCGAACGACUUCCAGAUGGCAAGCCUCGGUUCCGUGGCUGCUCGAGAAUCACCGACUACGACUAUCUGGGGAAGCUCGGCGAAGGCACCUUCGGAGAAGUGUCCAAGGCGCGCUCCAAGAAGACGGGACAAAUAGUGGCGUUGAAAAAGAUAUUGAUGCACAAUGAGAAGGACGGGUUCCCCAUAACAGCUCUUCGGGAGAUCAAGCUGCUCAAACAACUUCACCAUGUCAACAUUCUGAAAUUGGAAGAGAUGGCGGUUGAGCGACCUAAGAGCGCCAGCAAGAAGCCGAGCAUGUUCAUGGUCACGCCAUACAUGGAUCACGAUCUGGCGGGACUACUGGAAAACCCAACUGUCAACUUCACUGAGCCACAAAUCAAAUGCUACCUGAAACAACUUCUCGAAGGCUGCGCAUACCUCCACGCCAACAAGAUCUUACAUCGGGACAUGAAAGCCGCCAAUCUGUUGAUCAACAACCGGGGAAUUCUUCAGAUUGCCGAUUUCGGCCUUGCCCGACCAUACGACGAUGAUCCGCCCAAGCCAGGCCAAGGAGGAGGUGAGGCUACCAGAGAAUACACCACCUUGGUCGUGACACGGUGGUAUCGUCCACCGGAAUUGCUACUGCAACUCCGCAAAUAUACUACCGCUAUCGACAUGUGGGGAGUCGGCUGCGUGUUUGGGGAGAUGUUCAAGAAAAGGCCCAUCUUGACGGGCAACAGUGACCUCAAUCAGGCACAGAUCAUCUUUGACCUGGUCGGCUCUCCUACAGACGAGACGAUGCCCGGCUGGCGAGACCUUCCCGGCUGCGAAAACAUCACGGACUGGGGCAGCAAACCGUCACGACUGACCACCGUCUUCCGCGAACUCAGUCCACCAGCUCUUUCACUCCUGGGCGAACUGCUGAAACUUGAUUGGCGAAAACGGAUCAAUGCCAUGGAUGCUCUUCGACACCCGUAUUUCCGCACCGAACCAUAUCCCGCCCGGCCGGAAGACCUCCCUUCGUUCGAGGACUCUCACGAACUAGACCGAAAGAAGUUCAGAGAUCAGAAGUCUAAGCCGCCUCCUGCGCCAGCCGGCGGCGCCGUGGGCAUAGCGACCCAAGGAGAAUGGGCCAUCAAUGGUCGGUCGAUCCCUCCUCUUGAAGGCAGAAGUGGAGGUACAGGGGGCGCGGGUCCUGGCUCACGAGUCCCGGGGGGGCGAUAUGCAAAUGGACACAAUAGCCAAGGCUAUGGUCGCCGGCCACUGCAUGCCCAGAAUGGUGCUUACGGCGGUGGAGGGGACCACCGGGGCCCCAACCCGUACCCGCCUCACAGAGACAUGCCGCCAUACGAGCAAGGUCAGCGCCCACCAUAUGAUCAGACGAGAGGGUCUAUGCCACCACAGGUAUAUGACGAAAGCUAUUCACGCCGCCCUUCCGGAGGAGAACUAUCCUCGUUGCCAGUCCCCGCCGGAGACCAUGCGCUCCCACCGCGCCCUCCACCUCCCGAAGCUGACCCUUUCCGCCACGGACAGCAAGACGAACCUGCAUACCGAGACGAUGGCCGCGGACCCCUUCCACCUCCUUCACACCCAAGAUCUCGAAUCCCUCCAGGAGCUGGUGCGGACUAUCGACGCCCGGCUCAUGACCGAGACACAUACAUCCCGCCAUACUCACACGCCGAUCCGACCGCUCGCCUACCUGCGAUGAAGAACCGCAGAAGAGACGAUCGACCGCCGUACAGGGAUAAUGGACCGCCUCCUGAUUACGCAGACCAUCUGUCCUACGACGACAUGGGCGCAGCCGAUCGAGAGCGAGGACGAACGCGCGACCUGGACGGUCUACCGCCCCCGCCUCCGCCCCCGCCCCCGCAUCCACAGGGAGGCGUGUACGACCGCGAUCGAGAUCGAGACAGAGAUAGACGGCCAAGGAGUCGAAGUCCGGGCAGGGAUUGGGAAAGAGACAGCCACAACAGUCACAGCCACAGCCACAGAGACAGAGACAUGCAUCGUGACCGGGACAGGCCUCGGGAUUGGGAUCGGGAGCGAGAUCCUCGUGAUCACAGUCACAGCCACAGCCACAGCCACAGCCACAAUCACAAUCACAAUCACGGUUACAGAGACCGGGACCGAGACCGGGAUAGGGGAUAUGGCCUGCAAGACCCGUAUCGCCGGUAG